AUGAGGACACCCACUAAACAUGAGAAUAAGGCAAAGCUUGAUGUCCCUCAGAAUUAUGCAGUAUGUAUAGAAUCGUUUGGUAAGAACCUCGAUAUUCUCCCGAAUACACUAGGACUGGAAGUUGGCGACGGUUUUUGCAUGAGUGUAAAUGGAGAGGAAAAAUAUUUGAAGGUAUUAUCUAUCCAAUCAAAUGAACAGAAAGCCAAGUACUUAGCCAAACAGCUUAUUCAUCCAACUAACGAACUGUUCGAUUCCGAACUAUUCGGAUCAUUGAACAACAAGAAAAAUAACUGUGGAACUUCUGCUCCCAAAAGUCCUGUAGAAUACGUUACGCAAUUGAAAAACAUGAAGAGAAAGAAUGCGGAAACACAAACACGAUCAUGUAACAAGGUGAAGGAAGUUGGGACUCAAAUUAACGGAUACGAAAUACCUCUAGAGAAUCAGAUUGAAAGCUCCGAAGACCACAGUGAUCUCUUAGAGGGUUGUACUAGUGAAAUAACAAACGAACAGAUUGCUGCGUUGGCAGAAUGUUUGAGAGAUAUACCUAACGGUCAAGUAUAUUUUUAUUUAUAUAUGAACAAGCGUUUGUUACCAAAAUCAAGGGGUAAAGAUGCUAUUCAAAUUAGAAAAUGGAUUGACGAAAGGCAAAAGAUGCAUUUUCCAGCAUGUUAG